UCUUCCUAGAGAAUCUGAUAGUGCAACAGUACCAAUGCCACGAUAUUUAGUGUAAUCUUAUCGUUACUGUAUCGUGAAAUCGGGCAAGCUCUUGCCAUUUAAAAUCCAAUCAGCAGGACUAGUCCUUUAAUGACAUCAACUCAGAAAAUAUUUCUCUAGGAUUUGUGUUUCGAUUAUUUCGGAAGAACAAAAGAUUUGUACGAUGAUUCCAUUCCACAGAGACAUGGGAAGGUUUCGAAGGAUCCUUCUCCUUACGAUGACCAUGAUUGAAUUUUUUGCGCCUUCGAAGGCAUCACAGCACUGGAGCGAGUGUUUUGUUGGCGAUGAAGAUCCAGCUCUGAUGGCUAGAUUGAUGUUCGCUGAACUAGAAUUUGAUGAAAUUUCAAAGGAUUUACAUAACCUGACGACUUUGUGCAAUCUCCCGGAGGCAGAGAGAGAACAAGUGUUGCAAGGUUCAACCUUAACAGAGUGCAAGGAAAAUAACACCAUUUUAGAGAAACGCCUGAAUGAGACCAAAGAAGACAUGACUUUCAUGACUUCCAUUAAAGAAAAAGAAAAACUUCAAAACUUGACAAAUCUGGUCAACAUUCUACGGAAGGAAAUUGGAGAGAAUUUUACAUCAAUGGGUAAUAGUAGACCGAUGGACUGCGCAGACGUGAGAAUUCUGGGAAACACAACGUCCGGAGAAUACACCAUUUUCCCUACCGAAGAGAUGGAAGCCAGAGUUCUUUGCGACAUGGACACCGAACUUGGCGGAUGGACCGUUUUCUUAAAAUUUCAUGAUGCAUCCAUUGGGCAGAUUGAACACUUUCUGACCACGGAUGGUACAAGGGAAGGAGACUCCCUCUAUUGGUUAGGUGAAGAUGUCCUUCACUACCUAACUCAAUAUAAUUUUACGGUGAGGGGCGAAAUGGAUAUUAAUGGAAAGGAUACAUCGUUCGAGCUGGCCACUUACUUCAGGUUCUUAGAAUCAACCAGACUCUCAGACAGCAAUCAGGUUUGGCAAGCCUUACUCCCCCGUAUAAAGGUUUACAGGAGCGAUAAAGUAUCACUUACCAUGCAGCUCAGAAGACGCAACUAUGGACGAAUCUCCCAAAUGGAUGAUCAAGUACCAGGGACCUCUGGAUGUGACACACAAAAAUCCACAAAGAAAAGAAAAGUUGCUGCUGAGGGGAAAAAAAUAUUACUAGAGUUAGCUUGUAAGCACCUUGAAAAGGACGAGGGUGUGGAUCCAUUAGGACAGAGCUGGGCAGAGGAAUUUAAAAAAUUAUAAGAAAACCAGCAAAUUUACGCUAGAAAAGCUAUUAAUGAUAUAUUAUAUGAGGGCCGACUCGGGAGACUCAACAUGAACUCGUUGAAAAUUAAUGAACCACAACUCUUACGAUCAGUACAAAAAUCAGAUCAUAUGAACACUGUAAGAGUAAUCACUCAUCCUGUUGUCAAGGAACAUAGGUCCAUAGAGGAUCUAUUAAAUGAUCCACAAUUUAGUUAAUAUGACUGAGUACCAGUAACUGAAAUAUAAGUAGCCUACAUAAUGUGAAAUUUAUUUCUCAUACAUUCAUGUAAUUAAUUACAUACACUAUGUUUUUAUGUAUAUACCGGUAAACAGUACUGUUAUAUUUUUGUUUAAACUCUCCCUCUCUCUCUCUCUUUCUCUAUCUCUCUUUCUCUCUCUCUCUCUGAUAUGCAAUGACAUUUGCUUACACCUGUGGUAAAUAUUAUUUUAAUUUCAUAAGCUGCUUCCUACAACUGUAAAAGAGCAAAUGAUAAA